UAGCACUAGAUUCAAUCAUUCAUUAGAUCUAGACUCUAGAUCUAGAAUCUAAAUUACUUGAAUACUUGAUAUUUUUAUUUAGUGAAUUAUUAUUACAAUAUUAGAUCUAGAUCUAUGACUAUGAUCAAUUUUGAAUUUCAAUUUACUGUGUCAGACAGUUGAGUUGUGUGUCACCUGCGACUGUGUGAAGUGUGUCACCGUGUGUUAUUACUGUUAGAUCUAGAUCUGUGUUAAAUAAUAAUAUUAAUUAAAUUUAUAAAACAAAAUUGAUGCCUUACCUUGCAGCUAAGUACCUUGCUCAGAUAAUACUUGCUGGCACACAAGUAAUUGGUAAAGCUUUCGUUAGGGCAGUGAAACAAGAAUAUGCUGCCAGCCAGCAGGCCGCCAAAAAUGCAGGUGGGGGUCGUCAUGGGGCCAGAAAAGCAGCAGCUGACUCUGUUUCUGGAAUGACUUUACAGGAAGCCAAGCAAGUCCUAAAUUUAUCUGAUAUAACAGACACUCAAACAUUACUAAAAAAUUAUGAACAUCUCUUUGAAGUGAAUGACAAGUCUAAAGGAGGCUCUUUAUAUAUACAGUCAAAGGUUGUUAGGGCCAAGGAGAGGAUUGACAUGGAGUUGGCAAAUUUACAAAAGACACAAGCAGAAAAGGCAAGGCGGUCUGCAGAUGGUCCUCACUCUUGACACUGUGUUAGGGGAUUAAGCAUGAAUGACAUGAGUGAAUCUAAGUUGGGAUAUGUCAAACACGUUAGUGAUCUGUCAUUUUAUAAAUGGCAUGGUUGACUAUUUAGCUCACAUUUAAAACAGAAGUAGAAAAAGGGAAUGUUUCAUGUGAUACAGUUGUGUACCUUUGAACACUAAAAUAUUCAGGGAAUUUAUUGCACGCAUCUGUAGAUAAUGUGUGAGCUUAUAUCUCUGAGGUCAUGGAGUAUCAUUAUGGAAUUUAAAUAUUUCUUUUUAAUUUUAAAACAAACAUUAUACUUGGGUAGGUUGAAUAAAAGUGUCUGCUGUUGUCAGUAGAUAAAAUGCAGAAUGCACCUUUGUACUGAUUUAUUAACUAAUCAUUAUACAGAGACUUGUUUAUACUUAAAUUGGUAGUAAUUAAAGGUCAUGCUCAUAACUUGAAUGACUAAAGAAAGAAGUUUUCAAAAGGGAAAAGGUUUUAUUGCUUCUUUUUCCUUCGAAAUUCAUUCUGUGAUUGUUUAACAGUAUGAUUGUGUAAUUGUCACCUUAUGAUACAAUAUUGUCAUACUUAAAUUAAUCAUGAGUAUGUGUAAUUAUUAUCAUAUACAAUUGUACAAUUUUUUUUUAAAAAUGUUAAGUUUUUAAAGGUUACUUAAUAUUUCUGAUCUUUCAAAGUGUGUGUUCUUUGGUGCAUUUUGAGUAAAAAUAGCAUUUAAUCAACGUAUAAAUCAAUCUGAUAACAAAGCAGUAGUCUUUAAUAUAAACUUAAUUUUUUUUUUAUUUCUCAAACGUUUUGAAUAUUUCUUAUCUUCCAUUUUUUUUAACACAUUCAUUUAUUUAAUUUUCAUUGAAGGAAUUGUAUUUUUAAUCUAACAUUCUAAUCUCAUAAUAAACUCGUAAAUAUUGUUAUUGAUCAGAAAAAUGUGUGGUACAUCCACUGUAUAAUUUAGAUCUACAAUUUAUUUAAUAUAUGAAUAAUAAUUAUCAUUCACAGUCAAUUAUUGAAACCUAACCAUUGCUAAUGAAUUAUACAAUAUAUUAAUUUUAUAAUUAAUUUGAAAAAAAAAUGCUUUUUAUAUUGCUAGUAUCAGAAUAGAAGGGUGGACAUUUGCGUACCUGUUCAGAAUCUAUUCACUCUUAAUAUAACAGCUUAUUAGAAAUAAUGAUUGUAUCGUAAGACAUGGUUUGAACUUAGAGCAUUGCAUACCACACUUGUAAACUUUUUUUAAGCAAGCAUUUUCAGAACUUCUGUUGCAUUUUUGAUCUACUGAUGAUUAUGUUGACCUGUAAAUAAAAAACAGCAAUCAUAUAAUGUU